AUGUCCGUAGAAAAUACGCAUCUCGGGAACCUCCACCGAGUGAGCACCAGCCAAAGGUCGGACUGCAGACGUGGUCCUGACGCAAGAGCCUGGUUCAGCGAAGACUGCAUGGUGAGGCAGGUAGUUGGCGUUAGCGACAUCAUACUUGGAGGCUGGUUCCAUGUGGCCCAGUCUCAGAUACUCCUCCAUGAAGCCCGCAUAAGAUGUUUGCAAAAAGGAGUCCUUCUCCCAUCUUCGUUCGCCAGCCAGAAACCGUUGAAGAGCGGCACGUCGCGGUACUCCGAUGUCUUCGGGUGUAGCCUUCAGAAAUGGGAGCCGCACCACGUAACGACCUAGUUCAUCACGUGAGUGCGUUUCCUUGAAAUACUCCUCACAAGCUGUGUCUUGAGGGCUCCACGGAGACUUCGAAGGGACCUCCUCAAGCUCCCAAAAUCUUUGCAGGUCGUUUCGGAGAUCAUCCAGGCCUCGGAUGAGUUGCACCCGAGCCACCCCUGAAGCUGGAUCGUCGGAGGUCGAAACCGGCCCCAAAGGGGACCAUCCAAACGGCGUGCGGACCAGCGACGGAGUUCCA